AUGCCUCAGUUGUGCUUUCGUCGAGAAACAGAUGACCGGAACGAGACGUAUUUCGCAGAGAAAUCAAGCAGAAAAGCUACUAAUUCCACAAAAUUAAGUAAGAAUUCUUGUCUAUCAAACUUUGACAAGCUUUUCUGCAAAAAGAAAUACUAUGACAAGCUUCCCCAUCAUCUCAAGUCUUGCUUAGAUUACAUGUUCAUCGUUAAAUUUUGUAAAAAACAUGAACUGGUUCGGCUUUUGCUGGCCCAAAGUCUAAUACCAGAUAGAGCAGGGGAAAGCAUGGAGGAUGUUGCAGAAAAUAUUAUUGAUGAGUUAGUCGAGUUAGGAAUGCUUGAAGGAUGUCACUUCUUUGAUUAUCUAGAAGUUGUUGAACCCUACCGUAAUUUAUGUCGUGUUGAUGUAAAUGAACACAAAUUUCUGUCUAAAGCUCAGAAUUUACCUGUACAUGCCGUUGUCAAUUUUGACGUGAGCAGCCCUCAGUCUGUUGAUUUUAAAAACCUCAGGAUUUGUAGUCUGUAUUUGGCUGCUCAAAUUAGUUGGGGUUCUCGUCGAGGUCUUUCCCCGGCCUUUAUGAAAGAUAUCUGCAAGUUGCAGUUUUUGGUGAUGCUGAGAAUAUUUGCUGUCAUUGAAUCCAUUCCUGAUGAAGUGGGCAAUUUGGUUAACCUCAAGUAUUUGGAGUUGGCCAUGUGUGUAAAUCUGGAUAAUCUGCCGCGGUUAGGUAAUCUUCUAAAACUUCAAACUCUGGAUCUAUCCUACUCUGGAAGACUACGAGAACUACCGGCGGAUGUGCUGAAACUUCAACAGCUGAGGCACCUUCUACUUGGUGACGUCGAUGAUGUAGGAGUCAGAGUUCCCAAAGGGAUUGGAAAGUUGGCAAAUCUUCAAACAUGCGAAGAUGUGUAUGCUGGAGACGGCAUUGCUAAAGAAUUGGGUACUUUAACCCAACUACGUAGAUUCGGUGCUAACUGUGUCUCUGAAGGUCAUUCUAGUGAGCUAGCUGCAGCUAUUAUGAACAUGGAAAACCUUCUCUCAUUGUCUUUACAAGCAGAGGACGCAUUGGUUGAUGGUGAAUACAGAGGUGUUUUACCUCAAUUUGAAAACUUUUCCCCUCCGCAUCUUGUGCAAGAGCUGAAUUUACGUGGAGCUCUAAUUGAAAUACCCAGCUGGGUUGCUUCCAUGGAGAACCUCACGGGCUUAACUUUAUAUAAAUCUAAUUUAUCACAGGACGAAGUUUCUCUUCUUCAACAUCUUCCCAAAUUAAAAUAUUUGUAUUUACAAGAAGCAUAUAAUGCAAUGAUCAUCGGUAAAGAAUUUUGCGAGGCUGGGGGUUUUCCAAAGCUAGAAACUCUAGAAUUUGUUUCUGAGCAUCUUGUGGAGUGGGCUGAGAUAGUGAACGGAGCUUUUCCGAGUUUAAAGUAUCUGGAAUUUCGUGGAUGUGUGAAUUUUAGGUUUGUUACGGAGGAUUUACGGAAUAUUUCCACGCUUCAAGGACUAACUUUCAGGGCAGUACAUGAAGACCUUGUAAGGCAACUACAAGGCGAAGACAGGUACAAGGUUAAACGAAUUCCAAAAGUGAACUACUUUGGCCUUGAAUAUUAUAGGCGACGGUCAACCUGGGAGAAAUAUGAUUCUUGA